AUGUCUCUUCUCAAGGUAAUUUUGCAACAUGACAUGACCAAUUCUUCCUUGUCCUUGGGGGUUAUCUUAUUUGUGAUAACAUCACUAUCCAACGGAACAUGCGAUAAGAGUAAAUCAAAGAACCCUCUAACAACAACAAUAUCAAAAGACUUUGAAUCGCCAAUAGAAAUUGCCAAUGCCCUGACUAGCAAACCAGGUUCAGGUUUCAAGCACAAUUGUGCUUCUUCAGAAAGAAUUGGAUUUCCCUUUGAAUCUUUGGAAUUGAUAAACAGGGGGAGUCUUCUACUACACCAAUGCAAAGCACCAAGUCGUCUCUCUGGAUUUCUAAUAAUGCAAAGAAACAUGCUUUGCCAAAAAUGGGAAUCAUCACCAAGUUUUAACUUAAAGAAAUCCAUCAAACUGAGCACAUCAUUGAAAACCUCCGAAUUUUCAUCAUCCAAUCCUGAAAGUAGACAUAAAAUAAAUGGCUUGGAGAUACUCCUCAAAGUUGGCUGA